CAACUCAAUCUACGACAAGCACUCCUAAUUCUACACCAACAGCAUCAACAACAACAACACCAACAAUAACAAAAUCAACAACAACAACAAAAUCAACAACACCACCAACAACAACAAUACAAACAACAACAACAUCAACAUCUAAAACAACACCACCACCAACAACAACAACUACUACUGCUUCAACAACAACAAAAACAACUUCAAUAACACCACCAACAACAUCAACAACAAAACCAACAUCAACAACAAAACCAACACUUACAUCAACAUCACCAACAAAACCAACAACAAGAAAAACAACAACAUCAACAUCACCAUCAACAACAAAACCAACAACAACAUCAACACCUAAAUCAAUACCACCAACAACUACUACUACAAAUACAACACCAACAACAACAACUUCAGUAAUUACAACAACAACAUCAAUAGCAAAACCACCAACAUCAACAACAAAACCAACACUAACAUCAACAACAAAACCAACAACAUCAACAACAAAACAAACAACAACAUCAACUACAAAACAAACAACACAAACAACAACCUCAAUAACAAAACCAACUUCAACAACAUCAACAACAAAACUAAUAUCAACAACAACAACAACAUUAACAAGAAAACCACCACCAACAACAACAUUAACAAGAAAACCAACAUCAACAUCAACAACAUUACCAACAAAACCAACAACAACAACAAUAACAUCAAAACCAACAACAAAAUCAUCAACAACAAAAACAUCAACUACAAAACCAACAACAACAUCAACACCUAAACCAAUACCACCAUCAACUACUACUAAAACUUCAACAAUACCACCAACAACAACUACUACUGCUUCAACAACCACAACAACUUCAAUAACACCACCAACAACAUCAACAACAAAACCAACAUCAACAACAAAACUAACAGUUACAUCAACAUCAGCAACAAAACCAACUACAACAACAACAAAACCAACAACAUCAACAACAAAACCAAUAACAACAACACCAUCAACAACAACAACAAAAACAACAAUAUCAACAACACCAUCAACAACAAAACCAACAACAACAUCAACACUUAAACCAAUACAAGCAACAACUACUACUACAACUAUAACAACAACAACUUCAACAAUACCAACAACAACAUCAAUAACAAAACCAACAACAAAAUCAACACUAACAUCAACUACAAAACCAACAACAACAACACCAACAACAAAACCAACAACAACAACAUCAACAACAAAACAAACAACACCACCGACAAUAUCAACAACAAAACAAACAACACAAGCAACAACCUCAAUAACAAAACCAACCUCCACAACAAGACUAACACCAACAACAACAACAUUAACAACAAAACCACCACCAACAACAACAUCAACAAGAAAACCAACAUCAACAACAACAAUAUUAACAACAAAUCCAACACCAACAACAUCAACAACAAAGCCAACAACAACAACAUCAACAACCAAAACAUCAACUUCAAAACCAACCUCAACACCAACAAUAUCAAGAACAAAACCAACACGAACGACAACAACAUCUACAACAAAAUCAACACCAACAAAACCAACACAAACACCAACAAAACCAACACCAACAACUAUACCAACAACAACAGCACAACCAACAACACCAACAACAAAACUAACAGCAACAAAACCAACAACAACACGAACAACAAAUCAUACACUUACAACAUCAACAACAAAAAUAACAUCAACAACAUUAUCAACAACAAAACCAACACCAACACCAAGGACAACAACUAAAACAGCAACAAUAAGGCAUACAUCACCACCACCUACAACAACAGCACCAAAAUUACCACAACCGCCAACAACAAGAACACCAGCAACAACAACAACGAUUUCAACGCCACUUACAACAGCAAAAACAACAAAAAGACCAACAACAGUGACAGCCACCACACCAGUAGUACUUGGGAAGCAAUGUACCGGCCAAAAUAGUAGUGUUUGCAACGAGAUCGGGAAUGCCUCGUGUCGAAACAACACAUGUAAAUGUUCAUCUGGGUUCCGUCAAAAUACUUCCAAAUUGUGCGAAGAAGUACAUACAAACGAUUGCACGACCGAGGACAAUUGCAAAACUUUAUCAAAUUCUGUGUGUGCCGAAGAGAAAUGUUUAUGUAAAGAAGGAUAUUACUAUAACCCAGUUAUCCAUUCGUGUGAGGAAGGGUGCAGAUUGCCUAACGCAAACAAUACUCGGUUUACCACAGUGACACAAGACAACAAACUGUAUCACCAAGGACAAACAAUUUCAUACCAAUGUGAAAAUGGAUACGAAUUCACAAAAGGUGACAAUUCAAAUAAAACCUUUAAGUGCAACUCUGAUGGACAAUUUGAGUAUUUAGAACCAUGCACAAAAGUAGUGUGCACGAUACCAAACAGUGAUAAAAUGAAGAAUGCAAAUGUGGUGUUUGCUAACAAUAUGACUGACAAGACUGAAUUCGAAUACAACACGAAACUUCAGUACAAAUGUGUAACUGGUUAUGGCUUUGCAAAGAACGAAAAGGGUUAUUCGUCAAAGGAUAUAAGUUGUCAGGAUAAUACACAAUUUUCACCCAUUCAAUCAUGUGUUAAAAAAGGUUUGUGA